UGGGUCCCUUGGGUCCUUGGGUCCCAAAGACUCGGAAAAUUCUUUUCACGAUAUGGAAGCUAUGCACAAUUAGGCAGGAGGUCAAGGUAUUUUGGCUCCAAGGUUGUUCAGGGCGACCGGUGGUCCUGCAGGAACGGACGCCGCCGGGCGCACGAUGGGGCAUCGUGGUCGGACCAAAAGGGUUUAACUCGAACGCCCCUGGCGCCUCUAUCUCAGCAUCAGCAAGAGCCGGGUUCUCCGAGACUUCCGCCCUGAUAUACGCCCACAAAGAGCGAAUGCGGGCCAAUGAGGGGGGAGAAUGGCACUCGGCCAUACUCCAUCUUGAAUAAGGCACUAUUGAUUUUACUCCGAAGCCCAUCGGACGAGAGUGAUCGAAGCAGUAUGGGAUGGAUCCGGAAGUCGGAUGUCGAGCGAGGUGAAUCAACGUGGCAAGGUGUGGAACACGAUUAGUCACGAUUUCAUUCUCCAGAAGGGCAAAGGGCCAAUUGGGGAUGGGAGGGGCUCACUAAACUUUUCGGUAUAUGAAGCCAAGCUCCCCUGCGAUCGUCGUGUUCUCUUGCCACAUGGUUUUCUGGUGGGGUUCUUCCAUUUGAUUUCAUCCGUUGCUUCAACUCGCCAUGUCGCCCAUGCUGCAGGCUCUCGUGAGCGGCCUUGCCCUUGCCGGCUCGGCCAUCGCAGUCCCUCAGAAACGGGAGGUCGACUCCCUCGUCGCGUCCCAGAUCUUGACCGACCCUUAUGCCUUUGAUUUCCCCCGGCUGGGUGCCCCUGGCGCCUCGCUGUUCCCCAUGCGUCUCUGCCAUGGGUUCAAGCUGGAGGAGGCCAGUGUCGAUGAUCUUCAGACGCGUAUGAGCAACGGAUCUCUGACUACCGUUCAGCUGCUGGAAUGCUACCUCGACCGUAUCUAUCAGACCCAGCCUUACCUCAACGCCAUCCUGCAGCUCAACCCGGAUGCUCACGCCAUCGCUAAGAAGCUGGAUAAUGAGCGUGCCCAGGGCAAGGUUCGCGGCCCCUUGCACGGUAUUCCCUUCAUUGUCAAGGACAACAUUGCCUCCAAGGACCGCAUGGAGACCACCGCUGGUUGCUGGGCUCUGAUCGGUAGCGUCGUGCCUCGGGAUUCCUUCGUGGUCCACGGUAUGCGCAAGGCCGGUGCUCUCCUGCUGGGCAAGGGUGCGCUGAGUGAGUGGGCGGAUAUGCGCUCCAACAACUACUCCGAGGGCUUCACUGCUCGUGGUGGUCAGUGCCGUAGUGCUUACAACUUCACCGUCAACCCCGGUGGUAGCAGCACUGGUCCCGGUGUGGCCGUUGGUGCUAACCUGAUCCCUAUCGCUCUUGGCACCGAGACCGACGGAAGUGUCAUCAACCCCGCUCAGAGAAACGCUAUUGUCGGUAUCAAGCCCACUGUCGGCCUGACUUCUCGUGCCGGUGUCAUCCCCGAGUCUCUGCACCAGGAUACGAUUGGUACCUUUGGUAAGACUGUCCGCGAUGCGGUGUACACCCUCGAUGCCAUUUACGGUGUCGAUACUCGUGACAACUACACCCUCGCCCAGAAGGGUCUGACCCCCAAGGGCGGCUACGCCCAGUUCCUCACCAACAAGGAUGCCCUCAAGGGUGCCGUCUUUGGCCUGCCCUGGGAGUCCUUCUGGGCUCUCGGUGACGCCGAGCAAAUUGCUCAGCUGGAGGAGUUGAUUGAUCUGAUCAAGUCCGCCGGCGCGACCAUCGUCAACGGCACCGAGCUCCCCCACUACAAGGACAUUGUCUCCCCCAGUGGCUGGAACUGGGAUUACGGUUCGACCCGUGGCUAUGCCAACGAGUCGGAGUACUCCUACAUCAAGGUCGACUUCUACAACAACCUGCGCGACUAUCUCGCCGAGGUUAACAACACCAACAUCAAGUCUUUGGAGGAUCUCGUCCAGUAUAACGAGGACAACUACGGCUCCGAGGGUGGCUUCCCCAGCAUCCACCCUGCCUUUGGCUCUGGCCAGGACGGCUUCAUCGCCUCCCUGGAGAGCAAGGGUAUCAUGAACGAGACCUACUUCUCCGCUUUGGACUACUGCCGCCGCACCACCCGUGAGGAGGGUAUCGACGCUGCUCUGAAGUACGGUAACCGCACCCUGGACGGUCUGCUGGUUCCUCCCGAUGUUGCCCAGAGCAUUCAGAUCGCCGCCCAGGCUGGUUACCCCGUUAUCACCGUCCCCGCUGGUACCAGCUCGGUGUCUGGUAUGCCUUACGGUCUGGCUAUUAUGAACACUGCUUUCUCAGAGCCCACUCUGAUCAAGUAUGCCAGUGCCAUUGAGGAUCUCCAGAAGACCUCUGGCACCAAGUGGCAGCGUACUCUUCCCGAGUGGCGCGGCUACCUCCAGCGCAACCUGCCCGUGAUCAUGUAAAUGGUCUGACUGUGGCUAUAAAAAAAGCCCACAGAGAUUAUAAAGAGGGUGUGGUUUUUGUUGCAUAUAAAACACUCACAUAGUUGAGCAUCAUGUAUGACUAGGGCUUAAUUAAUAGAUGAUACGGAGUUUUUCCGAUAUUCAUUUUACUAUGUGUAGCUCCCUG